AUGAUUUCUGCUGUCAAGUUGGCCUCAUUGGUGUCUAUCAGUCCAGUGGGAAAGUCGCUGGCACUUGUGUUGCCUCAGGCCAAGCUGGCACGGCAACCGCUGCCCGGCUGUGGCACCGGGACUACAAUGACUACUACUGCUACUACAACCACAUCAACAAAAACGUCUACUACCACAAUGGCAAUACCAACCACUACCACCACGAGUGCAACGCAACCUACCGGAACUAAGGGCGUCUUUGCGCAUUAUAUGGUCGGCUCUAUGACAUCAGCCGAAGCUGUGACAGACGUUCAGGACGCGAUGAAUGCCGGAUUUGAUGGGUUCGCUCUAAAUACCCACACCAUCAGCGCAUCUGACACCUGGAACACAAAUGCACUGAACUACCUGUUCGCUGCCGCCGCAGGAACCAACUUCAAGCUGUUCAUAUCAUUUGACAUGAGUUGGGGCUUGGAUGUUACGCAGCUUGCGGCGUUCCUAGCACCUUAUGCGACCCAAAAUGCCUACUACAAGGUAAAUGGUAAAGCAUUUGUUAGUACCUAUACAGGAGGCACGAUUUCAAACUCCGCAUGGCAAACCGGAUUCAUCCAGCCUCUUACCUCGACCUACGGCAUUACUCCAUACUUCGUACCCAAUUUUGAUGACUUCUCCGGAUAUCCGACAGGAGUUUUCAGCUCCUACCCUAUUUUGAGCGGAGUCUUUAGUUGGGAGUCUGCGUGGCCUUCGCCGGGUACUACACCGGCCAACGUCAGUGACAGCGUGGACGCGGCUGCUCUGCAGCAAGCGCAUGCCGCUGGCAAGGUCUACAUGAUGCCUCUUUCAUCUUACCAGUUUAAGUACCUCGGCAGUGGCCAGGACUGGUAUCGCAUUGGCGAGAUCAAUCUUCCUCAGCGCAUGGGACAGAUAUUGGAGUUACAGCCCGACUUCGUCGAAGUCAUCACCUGGAAUGAUGCUGGAGAGAGUCACUACGUUGGUGACUUCUGGCAAGAGCAGAUUGCAGGCUCUACUAUCGGUGACUAUGCCGAUGGAUUCGACCAUAAGGGAUGGUUGCAGAUCAUUACGCCUUUCAUCAAGGCAUACAAGGCUGGCGCGACAAGUUUAUCCCAGAUCACUCCUCCCAGCACCAAACCUGUUGGUUCUCUGUGGUAUCGAACCCUCUUGACUAGCGCCAGCUGCUCUUCUUCAAUCGCCAAUUAUCAAUCCGCGCGCGAUGCGGUCAACUUCGCUGUGAUAUUACCUUCGACUGGUUAUACGAUCAAGGUAUAUAGUAACAACAAAUUGAUUGGCAGCUUCGUUGGUCAGAAGGGGUUGAACUAUAACAGCGUCCUUGGCCUUGCAGUAGGUGGCGGACAGAUGCUGCAGGUGGUUGACAGCUCUAAUAACAUUGUCGCCUCAGCCACUGGGACGAAGAAUGUCUUGUCUCAAAGCACUAAUGCGACUUGUAAUUGGAACUAUGAGGUUGUUGGGCUUUCCUAA